AAUCUUGAAAUUGGCGUUGACAAAAUACCGUACUUUCAAUUGGUUUUGUUCAAUAAAGACUUGGUGUUGUAUUCUAAUCGUUCUAGAUUCACAUUUAUGGCAUUAUUUAUUAUUAAACCAUCUAUUGGGUCAGGCAGGGUCAGACUAACCAACCCCAUUUCAUAGACAUAUAUGGUCAAACCAACCAUCUUAUUCUUAUCUAUACGAUAGUUGUAGCUCAAGUUCUUUUACUCAUUCAAUGUAUUAAUAUCAUCAUUUUUUAUUGCUAAAUUCAAUUAUAAUCUUCUCUCUAUAGCAGCCUUUGUUUCAUCAAUUCAGCUCUUUUGCCUAUCUACCUGGUUUUGUUUGCUCAUUUCUUCUCGUAUAUAUACAUGAUACCAAAAAUCUCUUGAUUUGUUAUUAUUGAAGGAACUUGGUUUGGUUUAGUUUAGUGUAAUCUGAUCAAACAGUGCUUUGAACCAUGGCUCAUACCAUGUAUGCUGGCUCAAUGUCGUUUGGAGGCUCAAGUCAUGGCCAAGCUCAACAAGAAUUGCCGUUUAAGACCAGCAAGGGGUCCUUGAGAGUUAUGCUCUUACAUGGAAACUUGGAUGUAUGGAUUAUGGAGGCCAAGAACCUUCCAAACAUGGACAUGUUUCACAAGACUCUGGGGGACAUGUUCGGAAGAUUUGGCAAACUAUCAACAAAACUUGAAGGCCAUAUGCCGAGCAAGGUAACCAGUGAUCCCUAUGUGACUGUUUCGGUAUCAGGAGCUGUGGUUGGGAGAACUUUUGUGAUUACCAACAGCGAAAACCCUGUUUGGAAUCAACAUUUUAACAUCCCUGUAGCACACAAAGCUGCUGAAGUUCACUUUGUGAUGAAGGACGAUGAUGUUGUGGGGUCUCAGCUGAUAGGGGCCGUGGGAAUCCCAGUUGAGCAAUUACACUCAGGUGGUAGAAUUGAAGGUGUAUUUCCUAUUCUUAGUGACAAUGGGAAACCCUGCAAGCCAGGAGCUGUUUUGACUCUUUCAAUUCAGUACACUCCAAUGGAGAAAGUGAGCCUUUAUCAGGGUGGUUUAGGGUCAAAUCCUGAGAAUCUUGGGGUACCUGGAACUUAUUUUCCUCCAAGGAAAGGUGGGAAAGUUACCCUUUAUCAGGAUGCACAUGAACAUGAUAGCGGCCUUCCUAGUUUGAAGCUUGAUAAAGGGAUUCGGUAUGAGCAUUCGAGUUGUUGGGGCGAUAUCUAUAAUGCAAUAAGUCAGGCUCGGCGUUUGGUUUAUAUUGUUGGAUGGUCUGUGGUCCACACAGUUACUCUGGUUCGGAACAAUGACAAUGGAGCCCAAAGCAUGUUAGGGGAUCUUCUCAAAACCAAGUCACAAGAAGGUGUGAGAGUUCUGCUCCUUGUUUGGGAUGAUCCAACUUCUAGGACCAUAUUGGGUUUUAAGAAGGAUGGAGUUAUGGGAACCUGUGAUGAAGAUACUCGCCGGUUCUUCAAGCACUCUUCUGUCCAAGUCUUGCUUUGCCCUCGUUCUGCUGCGAAAGGACAUAGUUGGGUCAAAAAGCAGGAAGUAGGAGCAAUCUACACUCACCAUCAGAAAACAGUAAUUGUAGAUGCUGAUGCUGGUGACUACAGAAGAAAGAUUGUAGCUUUUGUUGGAGGACUUGAUCUUAGCACAGGCCGCUAUGAUACUCCACACCAUCACCUUUUUCGGACUUUGCAGACUGUGCACUCUGAUGACUUUCAUAACCCCAAUUUCACGGAGCCUGGUCCUGGUUGUCCAAGGGAACCAUGGCAUGAUCUGCAUUGUCAAAUUGAUGGCCCGGCAGCAUAUGACAUACUAACCAAUUUCGAGGAGCGUUGGUUGAGAGCUUCAAAGCAUAGUAAACUAUCAAGGCUAAAAUCAUCAUUUGAUGAUCAAUUACUUAGAUUUGAAAGAAUUCCUGAGUUUGUUUCUAUGGCAGAAGUUUCUAGCCAAGGCCAAAAGAAUCCAGAAUCUUGGAAUGUUCAGAUUUUUCGUUCCAUCGAUUCUAGUUCUGUGAAAGGAUUUCCAAGUGAUCCAAAAGAAGCCACAAACAAAAACUUGGUAUGUGGGAAGAAUUUGCUGAUAGACAUGAGUAUACACACAGCCUAUGUUAAGGCAAUUCGUUCUGCCCAACAUUUCAUUUACAUAGAGAACCAAUACUUCCUAGGCUCAUCAUACAACUGGGCUUCCAACAAAGACUUAGGUGCAAACAAUUUGAUACCAAUAGAGAUUGCUCUGAAAAUUGUUAACAAAAUCAAAGCAAAUGAGCGAUUUUCUGCAUAUAUAGUAAUCCCAAUGUGGCCAGAAGGUGCACCUACAAGCAUUCCUGUUCAAAGAAUUCUGUUUUGGCAGCGUAAAACAAUGGAAAUGAUGUAUGAAAUGAUCUAUGACGCCUUAAGAGAAGUUGGACUAGAGAACACGUAUGAGCCACAAGACUAUUUGAACUUCUUUUGUCUAGGCAACCGUGAGGCCCCAGAUCGUUCUAAUACUAACACUAAUGGUCUAAGUAUAGGAGCUACAAGUGCAGAAAGGACUCCUCAAGCACUUAGUCGAAAAAAUCGACGGUUUAUGAUAUAUGUCCAUUCAAAAGGAAUGAUAGUUGAUGAUGAAUAUGUGCUUAUGGGAUCUGCAAAUAUCAAUCAAAGAUCUUUGGAAGGAACUAGAGACACUGAAAUAGCAAUGGGUGCAUAUCAGCCUCUUCAUACUUGGUCUAAAAAAGGCUCUAGUCCACAUGGACAGGUUUAUGGAUAUAGGAUGUCACUAUGGGCAGAACACAUAGGUGGUAUUGAGGAAAGAUUCAAGAGACCAGAGAGUGUAGAAUGUGUGAGAAGAGUAAGGUAUUUGAGUGAGCAGAAUUGGGGCCAAUACAUAGCUGAAGUGGCCACAGAAAUGAAUGGUCAUCUUCUAAAAUAUCCAGUUGAAGUUGACAAAACAGGUAAGGUGAGAGCUCUUCCUGGCUGUGAGACUUUCCCAGAUGUUGGAGGAAACAUACUUGGAACAUUUGUAGCCAUACAAGAAAAUCUCACUAUCUGAUACUACUCCCUUCUUGUAUGUAUAUACAAGUAUUACUAAAAAUAUCACAAUAUCAAUUUUUAAUUUAAAUUAUGUAUUUUUUGAGUUAGUUGUUUGAUUAGUGAUGAGUGAGCUAUAUGUGGGAGAACAAUUUUGCAGUCAUAGCUAUUCAAUUCUUUUUUUCAAAAAAAUUAUUUUCUGUAUGAAAAUUCGAAUGAGUUACCACUAGAUCAUGUUUGUGACCGUUUUUAUUUCUUUGUAAUAUGUGGAGAUAAUUAAAAAAGUUAGUUUUAUUAGACACUAA